UAAACCCUGCAGAGCGAAAAGACCCGUAGGAAGAAGCUUUCUGUCUUUUUGCCGUUAAAUUCUUAACCUGACAUACAACAGGAGUUAUCCACUGGAGCAUCUGUGUGUCUGGAUAAACCUGAAUUAAUUAACUUUAUGAGUGAUCCCGAAUGUUUUACCCUCCGUUAGCCUGCAUAGUUAAUGAAGUUAGCUUAGCUCGACUGGUGAGACCAAACUGUGUUUUCACGGAGUUCUUGUGAAGAAAAAGUCGCUGUCUCCGUGUGAAAAUGUCUAAAAUCCAGAUGCUGAGAGGUUUUAUCAACCAGCGACUAACUGCGGCUGCUGAAGAGAUAUUUGGGCUGUUUGAAAGAACGAUAUCAGAGUACGAGGAGGAACUCUGUCGUUCCAAAGAGGAGAACCAGAGAGAACCAGAACAUCUGGACACCUGUAUGAACCCUGAUGUUCAGUUGCACAGAGCUGAGGUCCAGCAGCUGUUGGUGAGUAAAGAAGAGGUUCCCACUGAGCAGCAGCAGCAGCAGUGGAGCCCCAGGCUGGACCAGGAGGACCCACCAGAGCCGCCACACAUUAAAGAGGAACAGGAGGAGCUCUGGAGCAGUCAGGAGGGAGAGCAGCUUCCAGGACUGGAGGAGGCUGAUAUCACCAAGUUCCCAUUCACUCUUGUCCCUGUGAAGAGUGAAGAAGAUGAUGAAGAGAAACCUCAGUCCUCACAGCUUCAUCAAAGCCAGACUGAACAGAUGGAAACAGAAACUGAUGGAAAGGACUGUGCAGGACCAGAACCAGCCAGGAACUUUAAGUCAGAUAGUUGUUUACAACCAACUCUAAGUUAUGAAACAUCACACGUUAAUAAACAUGUGGCUGAAGAGAGUAAUGAGGACUGGACAGAGGCCAGAGGAUCUCCUUCUGACUCAUCAUAUGUUAAUGUCCUGGAAAAUAAAGACGUCCCUGUGAGUGACUUGAGAAGCAGUUCUGUUAAAAAAUCGUUUAGCUGUUCUGAGUGCGGUAGAAGAUUUGUCCACAAGGGAAAUCUGAAGAGCCACAUGAGAUGUCAUACUGGCGAGAAGCCGUUUGGUUGCUCCAUUUGUGGGAAAAGAUUCAGGCAGAACUCAAAUUUGGUCGCACACCUGAGAAUCCACACCGCAGAGAAGCCUUUCACCUGCUCUGUUUGUAACAGCAGUUUUAGUCAGCAAGGGACUUUGGGUCAGCACAUGAGGAUCCACACGGGUGAGAGACCCUUUAGUUGUUCAAUUUGCGGCAAAAGAUUUACACAGAGAGGAUCUCUGACUGAACACAUGACUGUCCACACAGGCGAGAAACCGUUCAGCUGCAGUGUUUGUGGCAAAGGGUUCAACAGACAAUCGCAUCUCAAAAACCACAAGUGUGUUUGUUUCACAGAUGCCUUUGUUAACAUAAACGAUCAUAUGCUGUGGCCGAGUUGAUCCAAUGAAUCCAGGCAGUUAUUGCAGGAUUCAGCAUCAAUCCCUUGUAGUGAACAGAGCACAACGGGUGUGUCACUAAUGGCGUUUUUCCACUACAGGAACUUAUCAACAGGUAACCUGUAAGGCUUUUGUUUCAUGUUUCUGUUGUUGUAAAGGGAUGUGGCAUGUGUUGUAAUUGGGGGGGGGGCACUAUGUUUUGCUAAAGUUCAAUAUUCACUGCCAGUCUAUUUUUGACUGAAGCCACGUCAAGCAGCACAGAGCAGAUGAACCAGACAGGAAGUCAGACACAGAACAGUAUAGAGACUCUGAUCAAUUUUCAAAAUAAAACACCCUUUGCAGACUCCUGAUCGUACAUCAACAAGUUAAAACAGACCCCAAAAAAUAAACAAUUUAACUACAUAGCUACUUAACCAUGGUAGAAGCACAAAAAAUCAAGGACAACUGAACAAAUAGGCAAAAUCAGACAGGCAAAACGCUUUUAUUCUGAAAUGCUCUAGGUGGAUAUGUAACGUUGGCCUGCAGGUAGCUGUCAUAGUUGAAGCACACACAAAUUAACAACGCGUUAACAACGUGUAGGCUAAACACUCGGCUGCUGAAACACUUCAGUGAAUAAUGAUAAACAACGUAGAUCCUUAUAACUUGGCAGCCCAAGACUGGAUAACAGAACCAGACACACACCUUGACAUUGGAAAUCAUCUUGUUUUUGGACUGAGCGUGUGCACUUUGCACGAGUGUAAAAAUUAUAAAUCCCUGGAACAUUAAAAGUUUUGCAGCAGCUGGGUGCAGACCAGCUAAUUCACAAGCCUUAAAGCCGUCCCUGCAGCAGAUCACGUCUUGUUUUGCCCCUCUUGUUCAAAGUAAACGUGCAAUUAAAACUGACAUUAAAAGAGCUGUUACUAAAGAGCUCA